AAUUUUUUUUCAAAAUCUAAAUAUCCGAACCCGAUCCGAAAUAACUGAAUCCAAACUAAAAAUACCUGAACCCGACCCGAAGUUCAAAAAUACCCAAACAGGCUCUACACCUCUAUACCGAAAUACCCGAAAAACCGAAAACCCCGACCCGAACCCGAACGGGUAGCCGAGUACCUUGUCAAUGGCUCAUUGCCUUCUUCACUGAGUACCUUGUCAGGUCUUAGAGUUCUUGCUCUAGCUAAUAGCCGGUUUAAUGGAGAUGUACCUGAUUGACAAACCAUUCAAGUGCUUGAUCUUGAAUCAAACUCUUUAUGUUUCCUCAGCAAGAACAGGUUUAGAGAUCCGCAGUAUCAUCUCAACAAGUGAGUUCUUUGUAUCAGCUUAAUUCAACAUUUGGAUCUUUCAUUCAACACAAAACAAACUCACCGGGCACAAAUAUUUCUUGCAACUCACAGCUGAUGUCUGUAGAUCUCUCAUCCAAUCUUCUUACCGAAAGUUUGCCUGAUUGUCUUAAACCAAGCUCAAGAGCUAGCAGAGAUGAUGAUUCAAUAGUCAGCAGAAUGUUCUUUGUCUUUGAGUAUGUCCCAAAUGGAGAACUCAGGAGCUGGAUCUCUUCUGGUAUGCACUGAAAGAUGGUGUCCUAAUUAAGAACAUGAUCGUCAUUAUAUGUUUUUUUCCAACUUCCCUGGAAUGUUUAGAUGGGAAUAUGGGAAGAUUGCUUACUUGGGAGCAAGUUCUAUCAAGAAAAGGCACUCCAAGCAACAAAGAUGAAGAUAGAGUCGAUAUCUAUGACUUUGGAGUGAUAUUGCUUGAACUUAUAGUGGGAAGACCAUUGAAAGCAAAGGGUCAAGUCGAUGUUCUAAAAGAGGAGUUACAAGCGAGCAUCUCAGGGGAUGAUGGAGCGCGUAGGAGCAUGGUGGAUCCAACGGUCCAUAGAACCUGUUCAGACCAAUCACUGAAGACAAUGAUGGAGAUAUGUGUAAAGUUUCUCCUCAAAGACCCUUUAGAACGUCCUUCCAUUGAAGAUGUUCUUUGGAAUCUUCAGUUUGCUUCUCAAGUCCAAGAAGUUGGCUACGUAACAGCAAUCCUCCGAGCACUCGCGGCUUGCCUUCUCCUGCAGCUUCCUCUCGUUUACACAUAACAACACUCGAAUCACCACGCGAUUCAGGAUAUGAAGAGCAUGAGAGGUAGAGGAGACAAGAGUUUUGGUUUGGUCCGUUGUGAGUUCUUCUUCACUUCCCUUCAACUUCUUUAUUUUGUACCUCUCUCUGGAUCAUCUCGAAGAAUGUAACUCGAUAUUCUUCUCCAUCCAGACCAAAACGACACACAAAAAUAAAACAACAUAAUAAUAGAUCUGC